GCCUGCGAUAAGAGUGUGUAUGUGGUUGAGAAGCUUGAGGCUGACGGUGACAUUUAUCACAAGCUCUGCUUUAAAUGCACUGAGUGUAAGGCAACGCUGCGCCUCGGUAGCUACGCUAGCUACCAGGGCAAGCUGUUUUGCAAGCCCCAUUUCAAGCAGUUGUUCCGCUUGAAGGGCAACUACGACGAAGGUUUUGGUGGCUCCCAGCACAAGUAUAAGUGGGUUAACAAAGACCAUGACGAUGGUCAAAGUGACGCCUAA